CUGAACGUGUUGCCGUGUGUUGCAGGGAAAGAAAAAAAAAAGGUCUUGGUGUUUGCUGUUAUUCGAGGAUAAAGUCUUCUCGGACGCUUUCUAAUUGAAUUAGAGCAGUGCGUCCAUUGGCUAUGGAGAGGGCUGGUGCCCCCGCAUGCCUCUUCAAAAGCUCCUCCCCUCUCGCUUACAAUCAGUUUGGUGUGUGGAGAACUACGUCUUAUAAGAGCCGCUGAACAUCCCAUGUCCAGCCCAUAAUCUGAUCUGAAAAUCCGUAGGUGAGGAGAAGGUUUCACCCCCUUCCAUCAGCCGUCAGGGAGGGAGGCGCGCAGAGACAGAAACAACCAGGGCGCCGGUGGUUUGUGUCGCCUCCUUGGCUUGAGAUCCACUCUCUGGAAACUCUUUCAAACUUAUUUAUUGCAAGAUCUAAACAAUGCAGUUAGAGAACAUCCUACCCAACGCCAGCAUCAAUUUACCCAAGACAUUUUACAAUCUUUCCUCGUCGGACAGUGCCAACAACAGCCCGAGGCCGUCAUCGCAGCUCGACUACCAAGAGGUGGACCGGACGGAAUCAGAGUCCAGCAGCGCUCCUAAGAAAUAUCUGAGCGGGGUGGGGAACGGGAUGCUGGGUGAGGGCGAGGGGGACACUUUCACUAAAACCGUGGCCGAUGGGAGGAAAGGCUCCCCGGUGCUCGGUGAGGACGAGUUGACGAGCGGUCGGCGGUACAACAUAGACGAACUUGGGUCUGACAGAUACUUCAUCUCGUCGUCCCAGGCGAGUUCCGACAUGGCGAGCCCCUGUUCCCUCUUUCCUUACGCAGGACAGACCGGGUCGGUGUACACCGGCUCCAGCAGCUCCAGGUACCCGGCCUCGCUUCAUUACGGAUCCGUCCUGCCUCCAACAGGCUUCUCCUCCUCGUCCGUGUGCAGCGGCCGGAGCCAGUUUAGCAGCGGAGGGUACCAAUUCAGCCAAGGUCCGGGCUGUUUGUACCCCUCCUAUCCUGGGACGGGGACGGGGAUUGGCUCCAUGUCGCUGCCGGGGUCUGCCGCCGGAGCCAGGGCGCAGGUCUACCUGUGCAACCGGCCUCUGUGGCUCAAAUUCCACCGGCACCAGACCGAGAUGAUCAUCACCAAACAGGGCAGACGGAUGUUCCCAUUCCUCAGUUUCAACAUCACUGGCCUGAACCUCACGGCCCAUUACAAUGUCUUUGUAGAAGUUGUUUUGGCUGACCCGAAUCACUGGCGCUUUCAGGGAGGAAAGUGGGUCACUUGUGGGAAAGCAGAUAAUAAUAUGCAAGGUAACAAAAUGUAUGUUCAUCCUGAAUCUCCAAACACUGGUGCUCACUGGAUGAGGCAAGAAAUCUCUUUUGGCAAGUUGAAGCUGACCAACAAUAAAGGGGCCAACAACAACAACACACAGAUGAUAGUCUUGCAGUCGCUUCAUAAAUACCAACCGCGGCUGCACAUUGUGGAGGUGACGGAAGACGGAGUGGAGGACAUGAGCAACGAGGCCAGAACUCAAACGUUCACCUUCCCAGAGAACCAGUUUAUAGCCGUCACUGCUUACCAGAACACAGAUAUCACACAGCUGAAAAUAGAUCACAACCCCUUUGCAAAAGGCUUCCGGGACAACUAUGACUCGAUGUACACAGCCCCAGAGAGUGACAGGUUGACUCCGUCCCCUACAGACUCCCCUCGCUCCACUCAAAUUGUCCCCGGGGCCCGCUACGCCAUGCAGCCUUUCUUUCAGGACCAGUUUGUCAACAACCUGCCUCAGAACCGCUUCUACACCAGCGAACGGGCUGUCCCCCAAACCAACAGCCUUCUCUCCCCACAGAGCGAGGACGUCAGCGCCGCCGCCUCCGCCCAGCGUUGGUUUGUCCCUCCAGUCCAGCAGCCGGGCUCCAACAAGCUGGAUCUGUCGUAUGAUAAUGACUAUUCCACCAGCAGCCUGCUGUCCUACGGCAUUAAGCCCCUGUCUCUGCAGACGUCCCACGCCCUCAGCUACUACCCAGACUCUGCCUUCGCCUCCAUGGCGGCAGGCUGGGGCACCAGAAGCUCUUACCAGCGCAAGAUGACCACUGGCCUGCCCUGGUCCCCUCGUCCAAGCCCCCCAGCCUUCCCGGAGGAUCAGCUGGGGGCCACUAAAGACAAGCUGCCGGAGGAGAGCGCACCGCCAGCCUCGACCUGGAUUGAGACGUCCCACUCACUGAAAUCGGUGGACUCUACCGAUUCUGGCGUGUACUCGGUGGUGUGCAAGAGGCGCAGGAUGUCCCCUGGGGGCUCGAGCACAGAGAACUCCCCAACCAUCAAGUGUGAGGACUUGACUACGGAAGAGUACAACAAGGACAACCCCAAAGGCAUGGGUUAUUAUGCAUUCUACACAAGCCCCUAAGACUGUAUUUAUUGAAACUUAAUAUAAUUCUUUUGUUUGAGUGCUCUCCAUUCCUUGUUAAUGUCUUUUUUCUCUUUUCUCUAAAGGUGCCAAAGCUUAGUGUUCCCCCAAGCAAGCUGCACAAGGUUAUUUUCCCAGGCCAGCCCCUCUCACAUACCUGAGCAGAAACAUGCAUAGUGAUUGUUGUUUUUGAAAAAAAAAAAGCAUGUCCCUCUUUUUAUUCAUUUAUUUUUACAACUUUUUAUUUUUUACAAAUGUGAUUUUUUCCCCCCCUGCGUAUUUAAGUCAUUUUCGUUGUACAGUAUUCGUGCACUUUAGAAUGUGAUGUAUCUUGUACAAAUUGUCUUCAUGGAGGUGUUAUUAAAUGGAUAAUAAAACAG